AAUGGAGCAUUCCAAUGCGCUAAUGCCAUCCACAGAAAUCCAACGUUCCCAUACCAUCUAAAACGGUAUAAAACUGAACCAACCCAAAUGCCCACAAAGUCCAUCUUCAGCUUGCUGGUUUUCUUAUUCAAAAUCAAUCAAACGCCAACAGAUCUCUGAAACCGUAUUCCAGGAGUCAAAGUUUCUGUUUCAGUCUUCCACCCCUUAUAUAUAAAGAAAUCAGUUCAUUUCCAUGGAACCCAAAUUAAGUUCAGGAGCAGAGGUUGUUACUGUGGAUGUUCAUGCAGCUAAAGUCCUCCUCCAUUCUGGCUACCGCUAUCUUGAUGUCCGGACUGAGGAAGAAUUCGAGAAGGGUCAUGUAGUGGAUGCUUUGAACAUUCCUUAUAUGUUCAUCACCCCUGAAGGUAAGGUGAAGAAUCCCAAGUUUAUGGAGCAGGUUCUGUCCGCUUGCAAUAAGGAAGAUCGUCUUGUAGUGGGCUGCCAAAGUGGCGUAAGGUCUGUGUAUGCAACCACUGAUCUUCUUAAUGCUGACUUCAAGAAUGCGUGUAACAUGGGAGGCGGCUAUAUUGAAUGGGUCAAGAAUGGAUUUGCUGUGAAGAAGCCUGAACCUGAUACUGAGCUCUAAUUGAUGUACGGGAAAUCAGAAUGAGGGCUAGUCCAAGACUCCAGAAAAAAAAAUAUUCGUGAUUACUAGACCAAGAUUUGAUGACUUAUCAAAGAGGGAAAAACACACACAAAGACCAAGAUUGGUUGAUUGUGCUUGAUGUAAAUGAAAAGAAAUCGCACGCUUUGAUUGAUCAAUGUUAUGUCAAAUUACAUGUUUGAAGUUUA